UGCUACUUAAAGUUUGAGAAUCUCAGAUUAUUGACUAAAAUUCAAAAGCAAAGUACAGAAUUCUAUCAAAACUUUCUCUAAACAAUUUUCUGCUGUCAAUGUCAAUCAAUUUCACUGUCAUCUCUCAUCUACUAUCAACAUUUCUUUUUCCUUCCCAAUAAUUUUGGAAUAAUGUCUGAUGGAUAUGGAUUCUCAGCACUGGAGUGUAAAAUUAUUCAAGAACAGAUAAGACGGAGGAAAUGCAUGAGAGAAGAGUUUUUGAAACAAAGGAGUGAUCCGUACAAGCAUGCUGCGGAGGCUGGCUAUGUGUUUGACAAAGGCAUCCAGCACUUCAUGUCCCUAAAGACCUGUCAGUACGAGUACUUCGUGGCGUCUCCUCGAACGUCGCUGUUCGGGCUGCUGGCCAUCGUGGGGCCCAUGGUGGGCUUCGGGUACCUGUGCUGGAACCUGCGGGAGAGCCUCGAGAGGGACUACCGGUGCGGCAAGAUCCGGUAUAGGGAUAGGAUACAUAAAUUGAAAUAAUUUCUGUAUGCCAGUAUACAGUGAACUCCGUCACUAGAAAAAAGCGGCAAAUUUAAAAAAUAUAGGCGCGAAACUUUUUCGUUCCAUAGACAAUAUGAAUUUCGCGCCUUUUCUAGUGACAAACUUGUUAGACCGACUAUAGUUUCUGUAUGCCAGUUUGCCAGAUAGUUGCUGAAUAAAAUGUGUUGCAUAACUUCAAAACUGGGUAAAUUCAUUCUGCUAAAAGAUUGAUUAUAUUUCAGAUCAUAUUAUAUUUUCAAAUUUAAAGCAGAAUGGAUGAAGUUAUCAUCAUUGGCCACGACAUCCUAGCAGAUGAUUGUUGCUGUGAUUUUGUGUGGUGCCGGUACAUCGUCUUUGGUGGCUUAGUAGUCCGAUGGCAGCCCGACACAUUUUGCCACAUCUGUCACAGGUGAAACGCGAGUCAAGAGCAGGAGGAGCUCAGGAAUGGAGCCUUUUCUGCUUAAGGUUGUCGAGCCAGGCUUUGUCGUGCUCCAUCACCCCGUCGGAUAAGUCACGGCGCCAUUUCAGGUCUCAUGCUAGCGCGUGUCUCCUAACUGUCUAGGUUUAUACUAAAAGAUUGCAUAUUCCUUGUACAGGAAUCUUUGAACCUUAACAUUGGGCGGGCCACAGG